AUGAAUACUGAAGACAUUCGAAAAAUAUGUGUCAAGAAAAAGUUGGUGGAGGCGACUACAAGCCUCGUACGAUUUGAUGUUGACUUAAAACGAGAAGAACUUAAAAUCGAUUUUCAAAGGAGACAAAUGUUAAAUAAUUUUUUACGUGAGAAAGAAAGUGUGCUUAAUGACUUUGUUCAUAUUAAUGUGAGGACUCCAAAAAGUGGAAUAUCUUUUAGUCCAUGUGUUACUCCAUUACGGAGAUCAUCAACAACACUUAAUGAAUCCGAUGACUGGAUGCAAAGAAGAAGGUACAUGUGUCUUGAAAAACCCACAUCUUCAAGAGAUUUAUCUUUUGAAAAACAGAUCGCCCCUCUCUCGAAGCCUUCACCUCAGAUCCACCCAAACUGGUCCUAUUCCAGUAGAAGCGGUCAGCUAAACCCCAUAAACAGCGUAGGAAGCUUACAGUAUGGAAAUAAAUGGGCCAGAAAGCACGAGAAGGCUUAUGCUCGUCUUACGGAUCGCCCACCUAUAACUAUUCCAACUAUCAACCUUGAUGGAUCAACGGCAGUAAUGCGUCCAAAUUCAACUACAAACGGAAGACGAGUUCUUUUAUCAGCCAAGGUUUCGUCGCGUCUGAAAAGGGCAGACGCAAUCAUGAAAUCGUUACAAUCAGUCUCGACUCUAGAUGACGUAAUCAAUACAGACAUCCGAGUCAUACAAACAGACAAUCUGUGA